CGUCGGCGGCGAGACUGCACGUCCCAGCAUGCCUUGCACCCGCGCCUGGAGUCGGGACUUGGAGUGAUGGAGUUCCCCUGGCGCUUUAGGCCGCGGAGUCGGUUGUAGAGGUUGAGGUGGAGCCCGCGGUGGGGGAAGAUGGAAGCGUGGCGCUGUGUGAGGAGGGGCUACGGCCGCUGUGUGAUGGGGAGAGGCCGAUACCCCAUGUUUUCCCAUCACCCGAAGAGUCUGAGCAGAGAUUGGAGUACACCGUGGGAGAAUCUGCAAAGGUGUUGCUGGAACAGACAUAUUUCUAGUUGUAUGAGGUGGCCUGGACAUUAUUCUCGUGCUCCUUACCCAUACUUCAGUAGUAGGCAUUUUUCACUAAACUGGAGGCCACCUUGUUUGUUUGAGUCUAGAACACAGUUUCAGUACAGUAACUGGAGACCUGACAACCUGAGCCAGACAUCUUUGAUUCAUCUCUCUAGUUACGUCAUGAGCUCUGAGGGAGAUGAGCCUUCAUCAAAACGAAGAAAACACCAAGGCACAAUAAAACGGAAUUGGGAAUAUAUAUGUAACCAUAAUAAAGAAAAAACGAAGAUCCUAGGAGACAAAAACGUUGACCCCAAAUGUGAAGACAAUGAGAACAACUUUGACUUUUCAGUGAUGUCCUAUAAUAUACUUUCACAAGAUUUGUUGGAAGAUAAUUCACACCUUUAUAAACACUGCCAGAGGCCAGUAUUACACUGGAGUUUUAGGUUUCCAAAUAUUCUGAAAGAAAUUAAACACUUUGAUGCAGAUGUACUUUGUUUGCAAGAAGUUCAAGAAGAUCAUUAUGGAACAGAGAUCAGGCCAAGUUUGGAAUCAUUGGGUUAUCACUGUGAAUAUAAGAUGCGAACAGGAAGGAAACCUGAUGGCUGUGCCAUUUGCUUCAAACAUUCCAAAUUUUCCCUUAUAUCAGUGAACCCAGUGGAAUUCUACCGACCUGAUAUUCCUUUGUUGGACAGAGACAAUGUUGGAUUAGUUUUACUCUUGCAGCCCAAAAGUCCAUGUGCUGCCUUUCCUGUGAUCUGUAUAGCUAAUACACAUCUGUUGUAUAAUCCAAGGCGAGGUGAUAUUAAGCUGACCCAAUUGGCAAUGCUACUGGCAGAGAUUUCCAGUGUUGCCCAUCAGAAAGAUGGCAGCUUCUGUCCUAUUGUUAUGUGUGGUGACUUUAAUUCUGUUCCUGGUUCUCCACUCUAUAGUUUCAUAAAGGAAGGAAAAUUGAAUUAUAAAGGACUUGCCAUAGGAAAGGUAUCUGGCCAGGAACAGUCUUCACGGGGACAAAGAAUUUUAUCUAUUCCAAUUUGGCCCCCAAACCUAGGUAUCUCACAGAACUGUGUGUAUGAGGUACAGCAGGUACCAAAAGUAGAAAAGACAGACAGUGAUCUGACACAAACAGAGCUGGAAAAAACAGAGGUCCUAGUGACAGCUGAAAAAUUAUCUUCAAAUUUACAGCACCAUUUCAGCUUGUCAUCUGUUUAUUCACAUUACUUUCCUGACACUGGAAUUCCAGAAGUGACCACCUGUCAUUCCCGAAGUGCCAUAACUGUGGACUAUAUUUUCUACUCUGCAGAAAAGGAAGAUGUUGCUGAGCACCCAGGAGCUGAAGUUGCUUUGGUUGGUGGCUUGAAACUUCUAGCUAGACUGUCACUUCUUACAGAACAAGACUUAUGGACUGUUAAUGGACUUCCAAAUGAAAAUAACUCUUCAGAUCAUCUGCCUUUACUGGCUAAGUUCAGACUUGAACUCUGAUUCUUCUUUGAUUGCAUUCAUAAUUUUCUUUCCAAUGUGUAUGCUUUUCAAAGAAUGUAAAGUUGUUUUUGAGUGUCUGCAUGUUUAUUUUUGCGCUGUGGAGCCUUUGAAGAGGUUGUGUUAAAUGCUUGAAACAGAUAUCAGAAGAAACAAGUUUACAAUAAUUUUCUUUUUUAAUAGUGAAAAAUAUUUUCAUGACAAGUGAGAUCUAAAUACUCUUUAUCAUAAAAGAGAUGUAAGUAUUUUUUAUUGUAAGUCCCAGUAAAAUUGACAAUGAUUUUUAAA